AAUAGUUUUUUUUAAAUAUUUUGUGUAUAUUUUUAAAAAAAAUAAUGACAAAAUUAAAAGUACUAUUCAUACCAAUUGACGGUACGGGACAUGUAAACGCGGCAAUAGCUAUGUCACAGGUGCUGAUCAAAGCUGGACACGAGUGUACGUUUGGCAUAUGUGACCAAUGGAGGGGUAAACUGGAGCCGUACGGUAUCCGAGAAAUAUUGUGGUCAAUGAAAGAUCGACAAAAUGCUGACGAAUCAGCCGCCAAAUACUGGGGACUGUAUCUCAAAGAGAAAGGUAUUUUAGGUCCGGUUAGUCCACUGGAAAAGGCAGUUAUUAUGUUAAAAGAGCAAAAAGAUAUAAACAAAAUGCAACAGGAAAUCGAUGACAAAGUUAAACAAACCAUAAGUCAGGUCCGACCAGAUAUCAUAAUAUUAGAUCAAAUGACAUCAUUAAUAUCGGUUAUGAAAUCGGGAAUCCCGUGGGUAUUGGUAUGCAGUUGUAAUCCAUUAACAUAUAUACGGGACGAUAGAACACCACCGGCUUUUUCCGGUUUACCGACAACCGGCCCAAUCAGUGAAUGGCAAACAUUUAAUACAGCCUAUAAAGAGGGCAUUCAAGAAACAUGGCAAAUGUUGAAUGACAUAGAAGUGUCCAAUGGUUUCCCGCCAUUAAAAGAAAGAUCAUUAUUUAAUGAAUCAAAAUAUCUGAAUAUAUACGGCUAUCCAUUGGAAUUGGAUUAUCUGGAAAUAAGACCAUUGCCUGAAAAUUGGUAUCGUUUUGAUAACUUUAUGAGAAGUGAACUCCAUUUGCCGUUUGAAGUACCGCAACAAUUGCUGGACAAACCGGGAAAACUGAUAUAUUUUUCAUUGGGCUCAAUGGGCGGUACUGAUGUCGAUAACAUGAAACGCUUAGUCGGUAUACUUGCAAAAUCUAAGCACAGAUUUGUUGUAUCAAAAGGACCGUUAGGUAAUGAGUAUGAUUUACCGGACAAUAUGUGGGGUGAGAUUAGUGUACCACAAAUCAAUGUCUUGCCAUUAGUUGAUUUGGUUAUAACUCACGGCGGAAACAAUACUAUUACCGAAACGUUUUCAUUUGGAAAGCCUAUGAUAGUUAUGCCACUGUUUGGCGAUCAGUUCGAUAACGCACAGAGAGUUCAAGAGAAAGGAUUUGGUAUACGACUCGAUGCCUACAAGUGCUCUGAAGAAGAACUAUUGACAGCUAUUGAAAAUCUUAGUGAAAACACUAUUUUAGCUGAAAAGUUGCAAAAAAUAUCACAAAAAAUUUGUGAUGAAAACAGUUUAACAAAAUUACCGCAAAUUUUAGAAAGUUUGACACAUUUAUUUUAG